AUGAAUUGUGGAAAGAUACUGAAAAGAAAGAAAGAAAUGGCUGCAGAAAAUACAAACAGAGACAAUAUGGUAAAUUCUGAGCACUGAUAGCAAUUUUCCCUCUCCACUUACAAUUUAUAGUUUUAUUUUAUCCGCUGUUCUCCACUUCACUUUCGAAACUUAUCUUAUUUGCAUCAAUAUUUUCGUUUUCCAUAGCUCUCCAUUUAAAUAUAAAUAGAAGAUCGUAUAGCCGAAAAAUUAAACCAACAAUUUUCAUUUCAUUUUGUAGAGCGAUGAAAAUGGGGAUCGGUCUCUGGAGGGCGAAGAUAACAACGAGGGGCUCCUUGCCAUAGGUAGUAAUGCACAGUAUAAAUCUGACAGCGACUCUGACUUAGAAGAAAAUCGGAUCAGGACAGCACAUAGAAAUGACCUUUCGGAACGAUCAAGAGAACAAAGUGAAUUGUGUUCCCAUAGUUUAGAAGGGCAACCUACUUUAACGUCCAGCAGAACUCCUGAAAUGGUCUGUAGGCUAUGCGGUAAAGCGAUAACUCGAAACCGCACUCAGCGAGGAAAACCCAAUAAAUCCAACCCAAAUCCAACUACAACGGAAGAAACCUUGUUAACCGUUCCAGAGUCGUACAGGGGACAUUUGCCGUCGCUUCCCAGUUUAUCCCUUGAAGAUGAGGUCUGCAGCGACUCGACAGCAGCAUCUUUGCCAACAGUGCCUUCUGAACCUCAGCGAAAGAAAAUUCCUGUACUACGUAAGUUCGAUAAGUUUGAGCUCUUGUGUUCAAAGACGGCGUGCGUAAAUUGUACUGCUCUUUUCUUUUCAUUCGAGAAGUAACGAUUUUGAUUUGUCUGUUUGAGAAGUAUGUUUAUCGCAUCAUUAUCCAACCAGUCAAAUUAGUCGUCGACUUAAAACCCGCAUAAUUGUACAUGUCCAAAUUAACGAACUUCACUCUUCCAAAAUAGUCUUCAACUUAAAAUCUGCUUUUCUUCGUUUACAGCACUGGGCCACGUAAAACACGAUAGAGGAGUUGUUCAGUGUAAAGAAACUCUUACAAUCUGUAUAUCUGAUCACCAUUUUCAUGAACGUAUCUUUGGAAGGACUUAUUUGCAUCUACGUACGUUAUUUUUAUUUCAUGUCCUCCGCAGAUGUGUGUGACCAUUCGGUGCAGCAUCCAUCGCCUGGUCUAACAGUGGUUUUCUUCCUUUUUGAAAGAAGCCACCAAGAAAGGAAAGAAAAGUUAUUCUUACUUUAUAUGAUUCCUGAAAAAGAGCAACAGGUGAGUGUAGGAAAUUGAAUUCCUUCGCAAUUGAAAAUUUUCAUUGUUGAAUAGUUAAUGACACUUAGACGUCUUUUUUUUCCUUUAAGGUAUAUGACACAAUUUUUCAAAGUUACAAAAAUGAGGGAACUGAGCAAGGUUACUCAACGAGACAAAUUUCAUUUUGUGUUAACAAUGGCAAAAGCCAAGAUUUUCAUUCUGUAUUUGUUCACGAGCAAAUUAGAAUUUCAUUUGAAAUUGUGGAUCAACAGCAACAAAACUUCGUCUCUCCUGAGGAUGCAAGACGCCGAGAAUUUGUAAGUACAUUUGAAACACAAAAAUUAAAUCAUUCAGUCCGGAUUACACCUUUUAUUAUAGUUCACUGUUUCGUUAUUCAUUUUUUAAUAGCUUUUAAUCCAAACACAGUUUUCUAUAGAUGUCAAGUUCUUGUUGGUCACUCGUAAAUUUCUAGGAUUAAGAGUGAACAAUCACUCUUUUCAGUGAGUCUUCUGAUAUCAAGCAAAGGAUUAUAUCUCUUCGCACUGUGCUUUUCAACGGUUAUGAAUUUCUGAUUCUUAAGGUUUUUAGAGUUGCCAACAUUGAAUGUGAGAGCAAAAACCGAGUAGCACCAGGAGCCAAGUCCCAUUUCCGACUCCAGUAUGUUGGUGAAUCCGAAAAUCCUUGUCAAGAACAAGGAAAAAUCACCUUAGCCAUCGAUGCAGAGACACAGUGUUCCCUGUACUUUUCCAUCGCAUUUUGGGUAAGUCUCGUUUACUUUCAGAGUAACACUAACAAUUUUUUUAUAUAAAUUUUACGGUAACAACAAAAUGAUAGCAAAAAGAGUUUUAAAGAAUAGUACUUUUCUGAGCAAGCAUUUUAGAAUUGGUGGGUUUGGCAAAAUAAAUUUUCCCAAUGAAAGCCUAUCGCCUACAUGUACAAUAUGUUUUUUCUAUUUUUUUUUUUUCAAGUCGUGAGGCCACCUUGUCAUCUAUUAAAAUAUUGUUUUUCAUAAGCUUUGUAAACUUAUUUAUUUUGUGAUGCAAACCUCCUUUCUCUCUAUGAAUUGUAUUGUAAUUUAAGACUUAUAGCAUGGUCGUGAAGGUAAAUUGUGUCAUGAUUAUCGAUUGAAAUACCAGCUCCAAUUAUGACAUCUCCUGAGUCGCAACUCUAUUGUCUGAGCUUACUUUAAUCUUGAACAUUUUUCUCAUCAGAGCCCAGUGACAGCAGCUGAUUAGAGGUGAAAAUAAUGGAAAUUCUCCUGGUAUCUACCGAUUACUUUUCUGAGAACAUAACUUCAUAAACAAUCAGUCACUGUGCCAAAUUUAAGUUACACUGUACUCUACAAUAGUUUACCUCAUUCAAUUUUUUUUUUAAACCUCACCAUCUGUUUUCGAGCUAAACUUAUGCUUGGUGAAGGGAAAAUUAAAACUUUGGUUGAGGUUAGCAUUGUAACUCUUGAUACUUACGAAUAGAAGGCAUGGCGCAGUGGUGAGAGCACUCGCCUCCCACCACUGUGGCUAGGAUUCGAUUCUAGUACCUGGUGUUGUAUGUGGGUUGAGUUUGUUGUUGGUUCUCGUCCCUGCUCCGAGGGUUUUUCUCCGGGUAUCCGGUCUUACUCUCUGCUAAAUCAUUAUUACUAUCAUUAUUAUAAUCAUUAUAAUCAUUAUUAUUAUUAUUAUUAUUGAGUAAGGAAAUGAUAUGGUGGGUUAGUUAAUUUCCUGUGGUAUGAAGCAACCACAAGCUUAUCUGCUCAUACUAGAUUGGAUGUUAAUCCAUUAAAGGUAACCCCCAGCAUGUUUUCUGGCUUUCCCGACAAAUUGGUGGUACUCAUUUUUUUCUUAGGCGGAGAAGAACAAGAUGACCUGGCCAAAGCUUGAAAGUGUACCUCCCAACCCAGGGUUCAGCUCACUUACCGUAGGGCUACCCCAUCUCACUAACCGUUUUCAUGCUAAUGUACAGUGUAAAUAGCCGAAUUCUCCACUGUGCAGGCGCAGGCUUACAUUAUGCUGCCAGGAUAACAAAAAUGUAAAAUAUUUUCCUUUAUAACACCUAAGUGUAUAUUAAGUGUUUCUGGUAAUGUUCUUGGUAUUUGAUGUGUCAAGGUAGUUUUUGUUUCGAAGUUAGAGGCUGAUAUCUGGAAACAUACAUAACAAGAAAUGUCUCAUGAUAGCAAAAUACUCCUACAUUAAACAUUUCAUUGACAAAAAUUUUACUAAGAUGUUGGGAACACACCUGGCUGCAGAAAUUUUAAUAUCGAAUAAUGGGUGAAAUGCCUUGUGAAACUUGUGAGAAAACGUUUUAAUUAGAUUAGAAAUCUCAGAUGUUCUCUUUGUUUUUGUUUUGUUUACACCAUGAGAUCUAGAGAUGGAUUAUUUACAGUGCUCAAACUGACUUUUGGCUGAAAUUACUUAUAAAUAUUUUGCAAUUAGGGAACUAUAUGCAUUAGUUAAUAUUUUGUGUUCUUGUUUUAUCUUGUAUUUGUCAUUUUAUUAAAGAGAAAGAUUUAUGUGUCGCAUUUAAUGCUUAAAGUGACUAACUUUGGUUGCCUUCUUACCACUGUAUAUACC